AAAGAGCUGACAAUGUUGCACGAAUGAAAUUUGAUUCAAAGAAGACGCGAGCAAGAAUUCAGACUGGGCUGGAACGAAAAUGGAGAAAGGACGAUAACUCCUCUCCGAGGUUUAAAGUCAGCCGUGAAGUUGGGGAUAUUCUGCGUCUUCCUAACGCUCGCGAGACUUUCAAUCGCUGGAUCAGGUUCAAGUAUCCAUCCAUUGCCCUCGAUCUAUCUCACGACGAUUUCGACGACGAUCCUAAACCCCAUAGGCCAAGUGGAAAACCAAAUUCAACACCUAAAAACAAUACCUCAGCGGGACGGAAGACACCUGAGCCACCAAAGUCAGUUCACUCAACGCCACCACCAAACGCUACUCAGACAGGUAGUGGACCGAAGGACACGCAGCAAGGCAGUGGAACAAACACUGCGCAGCAAGGCGAGGCACCAAACACUGCGCAGCCAGGCAGUGGAUCAACCUCUGCGCCCACAAGCAAUGCACCUUCCCCUAAACCUACAGGCAAUAAACCACCGGAGGGAGAGGAUCCUGACAAGUCGAAGCCAACGAAGAAGCCGAGCAAGACAGAUAAGAAACCAGUAAGAAAACAGCCAGGAGGCAAGGGCGACAAGAAAAACAAUCCCAAUGACCUAUCGAACGUUGAGAAGGACUACACCGAUCUCAGUACUGUGCCAGACUCAGAAAUCGAAGAAUGGGUUAAGUUGACUGGACCACUCAGCGAUACCCACGAACCAGGUAAAGAUAUCUGGUGGGAUAGAUUUCAUCUGCAAAAGGCCUUUAUGGGAGGAUGGCGCCAUUUGGAGAGGAAGAAAGAUGAGAACAAGGAAAGCAAAGAGAGCAAGAAAAAGGAAGCGAGCAGGAAAAGGUGGAAGACGGGCCCAGCGGAGGUAGACACUACCCUCAAGAAGGGUGGUGUCGACAGGGUCCCGGGUAGAUUAGAGAGCAUGGCGAAAGGGAAGGAAGUCUUUGAUCGACGAGAUCAUUUCGAACUGAUUCCGGAUCAUGCUCGAAAGCAGGUACUGAUGGCUCAGGAUGAUUUGAAAAGCCGAAUCGGCGCAUCUGCCACUGCCACGGCAGCCGGGAAAGCAGCUAAACCAGCUAAAGAGAAGCGCAAACAUACUGCUGCGGAAGAGGGUACUGAAAAGCCGGCUAAGAAGCCCAAAGGGAAUGCGACAGAAUCGGAGGAAAGUUCAUCGCAGGCCAGGCCAUCCGUAGGUGAACAGACUGAAGAUGUAGCUGGAUCAUCCGCCGAUCCCGCGACGGAAAGGGGCACGAAGAGGGACGCGGACGACGCUGAUGUAGAAACCGCUAGGCCUGAGCCAUCGAAGAGGAGGAAGUCGGAUUAGACAUACUAGAACUGGGAAAGCAGCGAAUAGAUGGGGGGAAGGUUGUGUGUUUUUAACUGCA